AUGAUCAAAAACCUCUUGAAACUUUGGAGUGUAGAAGAACGAGUAUCUGGAAAAAUUGUAGAAGCAGAAGAUUUUGCACUCAAUAUAAUUAGUUUAGAAUCAUUUAUAUACGAAAUUAUUGAACAAGUAGAUACCACAAUAACUGCGAUACUUAUAGGAAAACAAGGAAUAAUUCACUCGGAUAUCCUAACUAAUGAGCAGUUUUUAUUGGUCUAUACAAAAUUAAUAAAGGAAAAUAACACGUACAACACCAUAGAACCAAUAGAGGAAAACGUUCAACUAAUUUACGACAUUAACAAACAUUGUAAAUUAGGCAAGCAAAUCCCUUUAUGUAAACGAACCAGACCAGACACACCAAUUCUCAUCGCGAACACUUGUGAAGCCGAAAUAAUUGCAAUGAACCUGCAUAACCAUUGUGAACGAGUACUUUUCAAAAUUGAAUCAAUUACUUAUAUUUCGCUUAUUACAUCCGAAAAUUAUAUUGUAAUACCGCGACAAGAAACCACACUUGACGUAAAUUGUAAAACACAUCUUAUAAAAAUACAAUUAGUUCAGCACAUUUGAUAGAAGUCAACACCGACUGCAUAAUACAGACACCAAAUUCAAUAAUGAGAAUUAGUCCAGGAAAAUCAAAUUUAACAUGGGAAACGAAAUUGAUCAAUAUGAAUGUAAACAUGUCGGAAAAAUAA